AUGCACAAGCCAUUCGAUAAUACAGCAUCGUCAUCCUCGUAUACUACGUCAAGUGACACGCUUUCUGAUCUUCCUAAGCCGAAAUGGUUGAGUGUACUCUGUCAAACUGAUGGAAAGCCACGACAUUCGAACUACUACCCCAACCCUAUCAAAAGUCCUUCGGAAGAUGAUCAUUAUCUCAUGCUCGUAUAUUAUCAGCGUGAGGUCAUACCAAGCACAACUCACAAGUAUGCACACCCUGGAUACUUGGAUUACUCGUAUCAGUUCUCAUGGUUAUCGACGUACCCAACGCUUUCGAUUGCAACAGCAGCGUCAGCCGCGAUGCAUCUCUCGAUGACACAGCCAAGGUACAGAAAUAUUGCCCUCGAAUACUACAAUAAGGCCAUCCGUGGAGUACGGCAAAUGAUCUCGGAAGGCGUUGUGGACGGUACCGAGGAUUGGAUACUCGGAACUGUGAUCCUGUUUGAUUUGAUAGAAAACUACACAUUUUCCACUCAGCUGUACAUUGUUGCGGCCAAGAUUCUCCUCAACUGCGCUUUCGAAGCACAAGUCAGUCCAGCCGCACUUCGAACUCUACUUCAAGAUGGUAUUUUGGCGGUCGCGAUGGUCGACACUUCGACACCGUUAGGCAGGUUCUACUGCUGGCCUGUUUCGGUGCUACGAUCGAUUGCGGAAAGGGAAGCCGAGGUCAUUUUCCUGGAUCAAAAGUUGGCUAGCAUAGAGAAUGCUUCUGGAUGUGGAUAUACACGCACGCUUAUGGACGACUGUAAAAUGGAGAGAGCAAGACGAACGUCAUACUCGAUCGCUAGGAAGGUGAUGGCAGGUAAUUUCCCUGAUACAAACAGGGUUGAUAUAUAUGUUGCAAGAGCUUGUGCCAGCUUCCUGGAAUAUUUGUGGCCCUCGCCAGACGCUCGUGGUGGAUCUAUAUCAGUUGUCCCCUGUCUUAAACUGCCUAGCCUUGGCAUGCGCGCAAAACGGUAUGAUUGGCUUAGCGCAGAUGACAGAAUCUAUCAAAGCGCCAGUCCGAGCAACAGCCUCGAGAGAGGCUCCCAUAGGUCAGAAAAGUUAACUUUCUGCCACGUUACUGCCAGUACAUGUGCUAUCACUUCGGCAACUACUUCUGCCGCUCCCCUUAACAAUCUUCUUGUUGCUGAAUACGCAGCACAUACAAUCAUGGGCGGUGUCUUCUCACUCUUGCGAGACGGCUAUUUCGGCAUCUUGGGCCUCAUCGCCAUCAUUACUGAGAGCAACAAGGCCGCCUCUUCGCUGCUUGGUCGCAUCACUCAAGCAAAAUUGCCCCACGCAAAUCCUACAAGCUCUUUUUGGCAACAGCAGCCUUUACAUCCUGAACUUGUAAAUAUUCAGUCUGAGGAACUAGCUCAACGUGCAGACAUUGUGAUCAUUGGGUCUGGUAUGACCGGAGCCAGUGUCGCAUAUACCAUCCUGAAUGAAUGUCUGGCUAUUGGGAGACCAAUAAAAGUAGUUAUUUUAGAGGGGAGGACAAUAUGCAGCGGUGCAACGGGCAGGAAUGGAGGACAUAUCAAGGUGACCCCUUUCUAUGAGUACAAAAGAUACAAGAAUAGGUUCGGAGCCGCAAGCGCGCAAAAGAUAUUGGAAUUUUAUUUGAGGCAUAGACCCUUCCUCCUCAACCUAUCAAGAGAAGAAGGGUUGGAAGAAGGUGAAGCACGAGACGUUACGACAGUGGAUGCUUUCACUGAUGCGGAGAGGAUGAAAGAGGCCACUGAGAUGCUAAGGGUCCUGCGAGAAGAUCUGCCUGAGCUUGCCAGAGGAAUUGAAAUUCUAGAUGGAAAGACGGUCCAGAAGCGAUUCGGCUUCAGCAGUCAGUUCUAUGGAGCGAUUACCUACACCAGUGGCGCGUUGUGGCCGUAUCGAUUUGUCACUGCUAUAUAUGCGGCUCUGCUAUCAAAAUUUCCAGAGGAGUUUUCUAUCGAGACAGGAACCAUGGUGCAAGCAAUCCAAAUUACGAGCAACUCAGACAGCCCUUUCCUUCUGAACACCUCACGGGGUAACAUCACAGCCGCACAUGUCGUCCAUGCAACAGAAGCCUUCGCCGCAAACUUGGUGCCCGGGUUGGUUGGAAAACUUUUUCCUUUGCGUGGACAUAUGUCUGCUCAAAGACCAGGAAAGUCCUUUCCUCACUACAACGGUACGAUCUCUUGGUCUAUCGUUGGUAGCCGAGACUAUGAAUACAUCUCGCAGCGGCCUGGAAAGCCCGAUGCUGCGGAUGGUUUUGGGGCUGAGAUUAUGACCGGAGGUGGAUCAGUUCAUAUGGAUGGCACCGGCUUAAAUGAAGUUGGUCAAUGGGACGAUGAUAAGAUUGAGCAACCCAUCGGAUCUUAUCUUGCAGGUGUACUUCCGGUAUCCUUCCGCUCCAGCUUUUGGGGAGAGGAUGCUGAUGGCUCUGUCGUCAAAAGAAACAACCAGAUCACUGUGGAUACAGAUACUGCGCCAGCAGAGUGGAUAGCAGCAGGUUUCAAUGGUGCGGGCAUGGUUACCACCUGGCUAAGCGGGGUGGCUGUUGCUCUUCAGGUUCUUGGUCGUGAACGUGUCAAUUCUAAUGGGCAGAUUUGGAAACCAGACGGAGUAGUUAGCGACUGGUUUCCAGAGGAGUUUAUUUGCUCUCCUAAAAGGGUUGCUCGAAGCAGCAUCCACGAGCUUCCUCGUCUUAUAUAG